UCCAACAUUUACCGAAAUUGUUAAAUUACGUUUACAGUAGAGACUUAAAUUUUCCAUUCGACUGAUUUCUCGCGACUCAGUUGCUUCGAGCUAAUUUUCCACCGGAUCAAAUACUCUUCAAAGAUUAUUUAUUUACACGACGAUCUUUUCGGCGUAAUUCGACGUAAUGUGAUUUUUCCCCGAUCGCCGUUCCGACAGCGAUAUACUGAGGUUGAUAUUGGCGAAGGAGCUUCUCGGCCACAUGUUCUCGGUCGAUCGAAACACAGUCAAUUACACCGCCAUGCUGUUGGCGUUCUGCAAGGACGAGGAUCCUCGCGAAGGCCUCGGGAAAGCCUUCACUCUCGCUACGGGUAACAAGAUUUGUACCGAUCCGGCGGAAGGCGAGAAGUAUGUCCAAGAGCUGGCGAAGCGCCGUGCCAGACACCUGAGCCUGACGCAUCUGCGAAAGGAAGCCAUCGAGGUAAACGAUGAAACUCCGAAGAAGCUCGUGCCGAGAUACUUGCGAACUUGCGCGAGUUUGCGCUUCCAUCGGUCGGUCGCGCGUUUUCGAUAAUGUCGCGCGAAUCGGUAUUCCAGGUAGCGCGAGAUAUUGUGAACUCCUUAAUAAGCAGAGCGGAAAAGGGUGCGGCUAUACUUGAGCAAAGGUAUUCCCGUGAACAAGAGCUGUUCAGGAAACGUCGAGUGAUGAUCCAGCAGCUGAAUGGAAAUAGCGACAUAGAUCCCGCGUCUCUUUUGCCGAUGGAAGUGGCAGCCGAGUAUCUGGUCGUAGAAGAUGUGUCGGUGAUCAGCGAUGAGCAGGAUUACCAUUUCGAGAUGGAGCAGACAUCAGUGCCCGACGAGUAUGAGAUCGACGAGAGAAUAAUCUAUUGGCUGCCGCGAGAUGUUUGCUUGGUAAAUUCGUCCGUCCCCACUUCGCCACUCCCUCGCAGACCUUCUCAGUUGGAAAAACUGAUUUUGGCAAAAACUAUUCAAUACGUACUAAUUGUGAAGAAAGAGGAACUCGUGUAUUGGAGAAACCAAUUUGGAGUUUGAGUUGGGAAAAUUGAUUUUUAACGCCAUUUCAAACUUGAAGAAUUAAUUUUUAUUUUAAACUAGAGGCGAAAUCUUAAUUAGAAAGAGUUGAACCUCUCUGUUAUUCGAAACGGUGAACAGCAACAUAGUUUAGUAUAAUUUGAUUUCCUUUUCAAUUUGCCAACAGUAAGUCAUCGUAUGUGGAAAUAGCGUUUCAUCAGAACGCCUUCAUUUUCAGACUGUCUUAGCCGCUUGUUUACCGUGGCACGCGUCGCAAGCGGAUCUCUUUCACACCUCUCUAAGCCUUCGUGAAACAAUAACACGCGUGUACGACGAAUUGAAGGACGAGGAGUUGAAUGACGAGGAAGAUGUGGUUUUAGCGCAUCGUUUGAUAAACCACAGUUUUAUCCUCGAAUUGCUCUCCGCCUCGAGCAAAUUUGUCUCGAAAAAUAUGUCAGUUUUGCUCUGCGAUAUUUUAGAAAAUAGAUACAACGCGUCUUGAGAGACGAGUGUAAUGACGAAAAUAUAAUA